AUGUCGGGUCCUACUUCUAGGCUUCAAAGCUUGGUUAAUCAUUUAUUACCUUCUUCUGCAUCAACAACAUCUCCUGCAACUCCUGCGUCACCGCCGGCCCCAAAACAUCACAUUCAUACCCUCUCACCUACAUUUUUCCUUCCUCGCGCAGCAGCCAUUGAACCUGAUGCCCCAGCUAUCCAUCACGUUACAGCAAAUGGACAAACAAUUAUACGAUCAUAUCAAGAAUUUGCAGAUCGUUCUCGUGGUUUAGCAUAUUAUCUCAAAAAACAAAAACUCUCUCGCAUAGGGAUAUUAUGUCCGAAUACUCCUGCUUUUCUCGAAAGUAUAUUUGGUGUAGCGGCUGCUGGAGGUAUACAUGUAGGGGUUAAUUAUCGGUUAAAAGAGGAGGAUGUUAUUUACAUUUUUGAGUUUGCCGGGGUGGAUUGUAUUAUUGUGGAUAGGGAGUUUGUGGGAUUAUUAGAGGGGUUUAGGGAGAGGAAUAAAGGUGUUAGGGUUAUUGUUGAUGAGGAUACCGAUAAAGAUGAAGGGGAAUUUGAUGAAGCGGUUUUGGAGGGUUUGAGAUAUGACGGGGAGACUGGAGGAAAGGGAUGGGAUGGAUUACAUGCGCAGGCUGAUGAUGAGGAUGCUACGAUUGCAAUUCCUUUUACGAGUGGUACGACGGCGAAACCAAAAGGAGUGGUAUAUACGCAUCGAGGUUCUUAUCUUGCGUCUUUGGGGAAUGUGGUGGAAUCGGGAUUGAAUUUUCACAAAGGAAGAUGUGGAUAUCUUUGGACACUCCCUAUGUUCCAUGCAGUUGGUUGGACUUUUCCUUGGGCUGUAACAGCCGUCAGAGGUACCCAUUUUUGUCUCCGCAAAAUCGACUACCCUUUAAUAUGGAACUUAUUAAAAUCCCAACCCAUUACCCAUUUCAAUGCCGCACCUACAGUAAACACACUCCUCUGCGCCUCAAAAGAAGCAACCAAACUCCCAAAUCCAGUCCGCGUCACAGUCGCCGCUUCACCACCUACAGCUCAUCUCUUCGAAACCAUGACAAACCUCAAUCUCAUCCCAGUUCACGUUUAUGGUAUGACGGAAACCUACGGUCCCAUUACAAAAGGCUAUCACAUGCCCAUCUGGGAAGAUCUACCCCAGAAAGAAAAAUACGCCCGCAUGGCUCGUCAAGGCCAUGGUUUUCUCACUUCCCUCAACAUUCGCAUUAUUAAACCCGAUCAACCCCCCGACAAACUCAUAGAUGUAGCUCGCGACGGUAAAGAAAUCGGUGAAAUCAUCUUUGUAGGAAAUAUCUGUGCAAAGGAAUAUUAUAACGAUCCAGAAGCAACGGCAAAAUUAUUCGCCGGUGGUGCAUUACAUAGUGGUGAUCUAGCCGUUUGGCACGAGGAUGGAAGUGCCCAGAUUCUGGACCGCGCAAAGGAUAUCAUUAUUAGUGGCGGUGAGAAUAUAAGUAGCGUAGCUUUGGAAGCGAUGCUAGUGCAACAUGAGAAAGUUCUAGAGGCGGGUGUGGUGGCGGUUAAGGACGAGAAGUGGGGAGAGGUUCCGGUAGCUUUUGUUACAGUUAGGGAUGGGGAUGGGGAUGGAGGUGGAGAUGGAGAAACAGGGGGAAAUAAACUUAAAGGUGAAGAUGUCGUUAAAUGGGCGAAGGAGGAAAGUAGUAUUAGUAGAUUUAUGGUUCCGAAGGAGGUUUUUGUGGUGAAGGAGUUGCCGAAGACGAGUACGGGGAAGGUGAAGAAAAAUGUUUUGAGGGAGUGGGCGGGGGGUAAUUGGGAUUUUAAGUAG